AUGUCCAUCGUCGCAGCGGACGUGAAGGCCUUCGUGGAGUGGGAAGAUGAAAUAGACGUCUUUCUCCACGAGGGCUUGACUCUCCGAGCCGUGGACGCCACGGCUGUCGCGCAACUGCCCUUUGAGCAUUGCAAGCUGCUUGCCGACGGCGCUGCGCUGAGGGAGCGCGGAAGACUGAACGAGGUUGCCGUUGUUCGCGGAGUCAUCGUCGACGCGGACAGUUCGGCGUCGGAGCCGAAGGUGCCGGUCGUCGUGAAGCUAGCCACUACCAAGCGCGCUCUCAGUAACCUCGUCAACGAAGCCAAAGUUUACAGCGAGAAGCUGCCUGACCUGUCCAGUGGGACCGGCUGUGUACCUCAGUCCUAUGGCAUCUACGAAGUCAUCAAUCGUACGACUCGGGAUCCCGAUGAGCUUUGCUUUGGGUGUAUGAUUCUUGAAGAUUGUGGCGAACCCGUUAUAUCUCUACGCAACUCAGGGGCGGAGGACGAGGUUCUGUUCCGCACUCGCCUUGUAGCUCUCGUCUACGAGCUCCACAAACGAGGUAUCACUCAUAACCAAAUUGAAAAUAGACAUGUUCUCCAGAAGAAUGGGUGGCCGUACCUCAUCGACUUCAGCAAGGCCACGUUCGAUCACGAUUGCCCUCGGAAGUCCGAUAACUUGAACGAUCAGGACUACGGCGCGACUGUACACCCCUCCGCGAAGGAGUUUGGCUGUAAGGAGAUCUACGAAGUAUGCCACAGAACGAAGAUGUGGUUGCCGGUUGAAUUCAUGUGUGAAGGCUAUCCUUGGACUGCCCGCGUGUUCCUGGACAACCCUUGGGCGUUGGCCGACAAAUUCGUUGACAGUGGCUCCUUCGACGAGCUGGCGCCUCAGUAUACCCCUCGGGAAGCUCUGACCUUGGUGCACGAAGCAAUUUGCGACUAUCAUAAGAAGUAUCUGCCCGAACGUGGCGUAGAGUAUGAAGACGAUCUUCGGAGGAACCUGGACAAGUAUUGUCAGGAGUACGAGAACGAGGUUGCUCGGCGUUCUAUACAGGAGUAG